AGUGUGUUUGGUUUGUAGAUGGCACAACUUUCAAGACACCUCAAUGGAAAAGCUUGUGUGUUGUUGCUUUGGGUCAAACCUCAGUUUGAGCAUUUGAAACAUGAAAACAAACACACCUAUAGAAGUCAAUAAUGUUUAGAUGGGAUAUGGAGUUUUGAACUUAUAAUGUUUUAUGUUGUUUUGAAGUAGACAUUGGAGAACUUUACUUUUAUGCUUUUCCUUUUCUUAGUUGUUCACAAUAUUUUCUUCAGCGCUUAUCCUAUGGUGUUUUUAUGUAUUUAACAGAGGGAUCAUGCCAAAAAGAGAUUGGAUAGUCAUCACUUUGAACCUAAUGGAAGUAGCGGUUUGUAUGGCCAGCAUAGUGUGAAGAAGCUGAAGCCAACAAAACAAUCCCUUGAUAAUUUUGACAAUGUUGCUCCAAUAGCUAAUUCUAUUCCCUCCCCUGCUGCUUCGCAAAUGAGUAACAUGUCCAGUCCAAGUAAAUUUAUUAGAAUCAUUAGUGGUGGACGAGAUAGGGGGAGGAAAGCCAAAGCACUUAAGGUUUCUGUGGGACAGCCUGGUUCUGGAAGUCCUUGGUCACUAUUUGAAGAGCAGGCUCUUGUUGUCCUGGUGCAUGAUAUGGGUCCAAACUGGGAGCUUGUUAGUGAUGCUAUCAACAGUACUAGAGAAGGGUUUAGGUCGUAUGACUUGACCCGUAUGACAUGACCCAUAGGCCCACAACGUUUAAAAACCCUUGGAAAAAAGAAAGGUUGAGUUUGGACCAUGAUCUGACCAGACCCAAAGCCCAAAAUGUUUGAAAAACCCUUAUAAAAGUAUUGUAUUCUCGAGAUAUAAAAUUGUGACCAAUUACUAAACUAAACACUGCACCCCAACAAUACUGAGGUACUCUUCCAGUGACCCUGCAACAACCAUCACUGGCAGCUGUGAUCAUCUCUGGUGGCGAUGACCGUCUCCAACAAACUUGUCUCCUUUAUUUCACUCUUUUUAGUUUUUGUCUAUAUUUUUUUUUUUUGUCCACCAUUGCUUCUGCCAUAGGUCCACCAUAUGUAUAUGGCAGAUUUUUGGCUUACAGCCAUAAGCUGUCAUCCACUAUUGAUAACCUUGGUGUUUUUAAGAAUUAUGUUAAUGACUUUAUGUGAUGAGAUUUUGAGACUUUGAUAAUUGUUAUG